AUGGCAACAAUCAGAUGUAUGCGAGCGUGGUGGUUGGGCAUUAGGUCCAAGGUCUAUGCUACGGGGAAGCGGCGAAGAGAGGAACCUGUGAUGCAGCACAAAACUUGGGCUUCCUACACGGGUCGCCAUUUCCGCCAUGGAAACAAUCCAUACAUCGAGCUUGCUAUGACACUCUGUUAUGAACCUUAUGUGAAGCAUCACAUGCGAACCGACCUAAGCCUCCCUUACCAUCCCGGCUUUACUGGUUUCUACGAGGGAAGCAAGAAGCCUAAUAGGGAGACCCUCGAAAUGCUGGCUCUGCUCGUGAGCCUCAAGACCAUCGACGUCUUCAUUGAGAAGUUCGGCAGCAACCCCCCCGCUGGCCUCCGCGAUUUGCCUCCAAACGACGAUGACUGGGGAGACUGGUGGACGUCCCGGUUCCCAGAUGAGGAACACCAAAGCCCCGGUGCGAAGUUUCCAGCGCCGCAUAUCAGGUACACUUCAAUAUACCUGCACAAAUCGUGUAUGGAGACUCGCAAAGAGCUCGAAAAGGCCAUAGACGAGGACCCCGAUAAAUACCGGUUCUCCAAACCGAUCAACGAUAUCGUCCAGGAGGAGGACAUCAUGCCUGCGCUGCGGUCGAUGCGGUGGCUUGCAAAUGGGUGGACGGAUCUGAGUCGCUUCGAGUUCAUUCUUGUGAUUGUGACGGAAAGAGUCGCCAUGAUAAACCUUAUGCUUGAUCCCUAUCGAGCCGUCGAUGGCUUUGUGAGGAAAUUGGAUCGCGUGCCGAUGAAAGUGCGAAUGAGCUGUUUCCCUUCUUUGCAAGGCGAGCGUUUGGUUUGGUUGUGA